CGAGGCUCGAAAUGGCGUCGACAGGUUGCAGAGGCAAACACAAACUGCGCUUGGAUUCGGGCAAGACGUUGUGAUUGAGUCACCGCCCGUCUACAGGGAGCGUGUGUUAUCAUCAUAAAUGACUCGCUGAACCGCUUCGUCGUCGCUUUUGAACUUCAACGCCAGUAUUUAUUCUUGUACCCCCCCUCCCAAUUCCCACAUUUUUGAAAUCCACCUACCCACUUUGAGGCACAAGUGGUGCCAGGUCCAGGCGGAGAGUAUGAGCGUGAACGGGCGAUGGGAGAAAGCUGGAGAGGCGGCCGGAGAGGGCGAAGGCCUCAGCGGGAGAGUCACAUCCACCCAGCUGUCCGGGACAGGAGAUCUUGUUGGGAGAUUUGAAAUUAGUCGUGGCAUUGGAACUGUACCUCAACCAGAGAUGCAAGAACUACUUGGUGAAUUUCGAGCACUCUAUCAAGAGCGAUUACGCCAGUUAGAAGCUUUAAAUGAUGGAAGAGGAGAAACUCUUGGGUUGAAGGUCGAGAUUCUGCAGUCUUACAUCAGUGAUUUAAGUGAGCAGAAUGAUGCCCUGGUUCAGGCAAUGGAGGAGCUUGAAAAGGAAGCUAAUCGAAGAGUAACUGCUCUGGUAGAAGACCUGCAGAUGUAUGUUGCUAAGGUAACUGAGUGCAAGAAGGAGAACAAUAUCCUACUUACAACAAAAGAAAAUCUGGAAAAGCAAAUUGUUGAUUUGAAAAUUAAACUUGGGUCUUCUGAAGAUGCCAUGUUAAACUUACAAGAAGAGAACACAAACUUGAAGACAAAGAUUUGCAAUCUGAAGGCUAAACCCGAAAACUCCAGGGCUGACGAGCUCUCGUCGGUAGCGCUGCGUGCGAUGCCAACUGAACACCUUUCGGGAUCCACGGCAACGCUUCCACCCGCAAAUUCCAAUGAGGAUUUAAUAGAAUUUGAAGAGGUCAAGUUUCACUUAGCAGCAAAAGAACAGGUGAUCCAAAACUUACACAGCCAGCUUCGAGAAGCCGUUUAUCUACAACAACAAUCAAAAUAUGAGAUCAUUGAAAAGGAACAAAAAAUUCAAGAUUUACAGGACACCAUAACUGAACUGCAUAAUGAAAUGGCCAUGAAAGAUUCAGAAAAUCUGAAUCAGCUGCAGGAUAUACACCACCUGGAGAGUAAGGUCAAAGGCAUGAAACAAGAGCUGUGCCGAUCAGAGGAGUCUUUUACCCAGUUGAAGAAAGACUUGGAAGAAGUUCGACUUGGUCCGAACAGCAGUUUAAAAGAUUCAUUUCUUGGACGUUCUCACACAACUGUUCAAGAGAACCAAACUCAAUCCUUCAGGGCCGCAAGUCUACUGAAAACUGAGCUCGAGCGACGUGAUGGUACAAUACUGAAUCUCCGUAAGGAGGUCCUCCUUUUACAAGAGAAACGAGAUGGGUUAACAACUGAGUUGGAUGUACAGGAAAGAAGGAUUUACCAUCUGCAGGCAGAGCUGAGAGAAGGAGAAGCUAAGCUGGAACAAAAGCAGACCUGCCUGCAACAGCUGAAAGAAGAGCUGGAUGCCACCAAAAAACUGCACAAAGAUGCUCAAAAGCAGAUUGUAAACCUCACUGCCGCACUUCAGGAUCUUGAACAGUCUUCUCGAAAUGCUAAUUCAGCUUUAGCAGCUGAGGCAGCACAAAAAUACAAAGAAUUAGUGUCUACGAGAGAAGAGCUUGAGAAGAAAUUAGCAGAAACCCAGGCAGAACUCAGUGAAAAAGAUGGGACCAUAUGUAGACUACAUGCACAAGUACAGAACGACAGCCUAUGGGCAGAAGAGACCAAGUUGCAGUUAGAAGGGGUGCAAGCUGAACUGAAGACCAUGAAAACCAAAUAUAAUCUUGCAAUAAACGAGGUUGCAGGAAAAGCAGAACAACUACAAAUAAUUAACAGUGCACAUGAAGACUUGAAAGUAAUUGCUGCACAAUAUGAAAAGACAAUCCAUGAGCUGGAAUCAAAGUUCCGUCAGGGACAGAGUAACCAGGAGCAUACUAGAGUCAAGAUGAUAAGACUUGAACAGACAAUCAAGCAGCUUGAGGAAGAAAGGGUCCGAUUGCAGGAGCACUGUCAUGAGUUGAUGGAAGAAAAUGGGCAGCUUCAUGCACGACUGGAAGUGGAGAAUUUAACAGUACAAAAUAAACAAAAUGUUAUGUCAAUGGAGUUAAGUAGAAAAGAAGACUUGAUUCAUGAGUUGAAAAAUGAAAAGAUUGCCUUGCAGGACAAAGCUACUUCAAUUUCAGAGAAGGUGAAUCAAUGUCAAGACACAAUAAGACAGCUGAAUACAGAACUUUCAUCUCUUCAUAUUGCUCAAGAAUCUGUUGAGAAGAUUUCUGAACAUAAGCAACAGACAAUCUACCAGCUCGAGGCUGAGACUCAGGCACUACAAAGCAAAGUUGUAGAGCUCCAGACAAAGAGGCUAAAUUUGGAGGAACAAUUGAAUGUAACUGAAUUGGAAUCUGCCUCAUUGAGAGGCAAUCUGCAAAUCAAGUCAGAGGAAGUUCAGAAGCUCAGAGAACAACUAGAACAAUCUCAGAAAGCGAUGCAUCAGAUGACUGAAGAAUUAAAUGAGAUGAAAGCAAAACUACACAUUGAACUAUUACGCAAUGAAGAUAAUGUUCAGAAAGUGAAGAAAGAGCUUUUUGCUGUGACAGAAGAAUCAAAUCAACGUGCAGUGCAGCUCUUCAAUAGUGCUGUAGAGAAGCAAAAGCUAGAAGCAGAUAUGACUGACCUCAAUGAGAAACACAAAGUAGCACAGCAAGAGGUCAACAGCAGGGGCCAAGCUGUUUUGAAGCUGAAAACAGACUUGAAGACUGCAGAGGAGAACUCCAGAAGUGCAAAGGAGGAACUCACAAUCCAGAAAGCAGAAGUGGUUAAUUUGAAGACAGAGAUAAACAGUCUACUGACUGAAAUACAGCGCUUACGUGAUGCUUGCAAAGAACAUGAUAAGAAAAUGAGUCAACAGGAGCAGGCUAUGCUGAACCUGCAACAUGAGCUAAAAAUCAGUAACCAACAGAACCACUGUCAGGAGAAAUCCAUGGAGCAGCUUCAGAAAGAACUUGAAGUUUACAAACAGGCACAUGAAUCUGACAUCGACCAUUUUAGUCAUGAAACUGCUCAACUGCAGAAGGAACUUGAUUCAUCUACAAAGGAAUUACAGGAGAAGUUGACCAAACUGCAACAGUACAAGUCCACAGUUGACAGACUGAAUUCUGACCUACAGUAUGCACAUCAGCAACAUCAAGAGGUGGUCCAAGAAGUUUUUCAGUGUGAAGGCAUUAUGCGCAAACAAGAAUCGGAAAUAGCUCAUCUUAAACAGCAGCAGUUUGAGUCUGAGAACCAAAUAACCGCAGCCAAUCAGAAUUGCAAAUCACUUGAAGCUAUGUUGGAUCUUUAUAAGCAAAAGUACCAGACUUGUAUAAACAAGAUCACAGAGCUGGAAAAUUCAAUGCAAAGCCUGGAGGCAGAUUUACAAGAUGCAAAUAGACAGCUGUGCAACCGUGAUGAGACUGUCCACAAGCUUCGGAAUGACAUGCUCACAGUGCAACAGCAGUAUGAAACAAAGUGUAGGCAAAUGGAACAUUGUGAGGACAGUAUUGAUCAGCUGACCCAUCAGUUACAGGCUGCACAGGAAGGUCUAUCUGCAAACAGAGAACAUGUUACCCAGUGUGAGGAGAUUAUUUGUAGCCUCCAAGAGCAGGCCACGGUUCAUCACAAUGAGGCUACUGAAUGGGAAGAGUCGCUUGUAAAACUCCAAACAGAUUUUGCUUCCUACAAAGCCACACACAGCCAUUCUGAUACAGAUUACAAUCUCCAGACUGCUCAACUUGAACAAUUAAAGAAAGAUCUCGCACAACUCAAUGCUCAGAGUUCUGAGUUUGCACAGGAAAUCCAUAAUUAUCAGGGAAUGAUACACAAGAUGAAUGCACAGUUAACUACGGUUACAGAACAAAAGAAUGAUAGGAUUCAAGAUGUAGCCCGCUUAGAGAAGGUUGUCCAAAGUCUUCAACUUGAUAUAGCCUCUGAGUUUCAAAAACACCAAAUGGAAUCAGCCAAAUUGGGACAGCAGAUCAUUCAACUGGAAAAUGACCUACGCCACAGUCAAAAACUAUACAACCAACGAGAGCAGGCAAUACAGAAGAGAGAUGACCUCUUGAGGAAAUCUGAAACAGAUCUGCUUCAGGCUCGUGAUAGUAUCAAAGGGAAGGUAACAGAAAUUGAAAAGCAAGGCACUGUGGUGAAAGGCCUAGAGAUGGAUCUUCAGAGACUGGAAAAAGAGAAGCAGCAAAAAGAAAAUGAAAACAUAUCCCUUAAGGCCGAGAUAGAACAGUUGAACCAGGAUCUACAAAACAGCAACAAAAACUGCAGAGAAUUUGCACAGGAGCUGGCACACCAUGAGGAGAAACUUUUACUGAUGGGGAGAAGUCUGCAAACCGCACAGGAUCAGCUCGGUGAUCGUGUCACAGAAAUUGUCCGGCAUGAACAGACAAAUCGUAAACUAAAAUCAGAGCUUAAAAUUCUGAAGGAACAGGAAACUAACAACAAAGGAGAGAUCAAUGCUUACAGAGUACAGAUUGAAGAACUCAAAGCUGAAAAUGCUCAGAAUAAACAGAGUUACGAAACUGCAGCCGCGGAAGCACUCAAGUACCAGCAAUCAAUUUGCAAGAUGGAAAUGGAAGUCAACACCAGCAAAGAGCAGAUUAAAAUGCUACAAGCGCAGAUCCACCAAAAAGAAGGUGAGAGCAACAGACUUCGAGAAGAAUUAAAAUUGGAACAAAUGAGACAAGAGGAAUUACAAAAGCAGUCUCAGAAACUGAAAGAACAAGUAGGAGAGCUCAAGAAAGAAACUGAUGAAUUGAAUGCCAAGUUUAAAGAAACUACCCAGUUGCUGAAGGAGAAGGAGGAUCAUAUUUUAAGUCUGGAAGAUCAUUUAACCCAGUUCCAGAAAAAGCACAAAGCUUUACUUAACGAAUACAGAAACUGUGAAUCAGAGUUACAGGUGGCACAAACAAAUCUAUCAACAGCUCUGAAACAGAACAAGUAUUACACUGAAGCGGCAUCUCAACAAGAAGCUAAAUUUACCAAGCUUCAGUCAGAGCUGAAUACAGUCCAGGAGCAGGCAAGAAAAACUAACCAUGAACUGAAAUCAGCAGACCAACUCAUCCGUGAACUCAAACGAGAGCUAACAGCUUGUCAUGGUACCCAAAAAGAAAGCAUGGAGCAGCUAAGUGAGAAGAGCCGAGAGAUAGCCAGCCUGAGAAAUGAUGUUGCACGAAGUCAACAGAGAAAUAUGCAGUUAGCAGAGGAAAGUGCAACAUAUGAGGAAAGGAUGAGAAGACUGCAUGAUGAACUGAAAAAAAUGCAGUCACUGAAUCGACGAGCAGAAGAGGAAGCUCACAUUUGUGAGAAUCGAUUGAUGGAACUAAGCAACCAGAUGAUAAUGUCACAGGGGAAAUCCCAUGAAACUAUGAAGGAACUUACCAGUAAGGAAGAAGAGUUACUGAUAUUGAAGGUAGAACUGGUCUCCCUUCGAGAAAAAUACCACUCUAAAACUGAAGAGCUUGAGACCUUACGAAAGUCCCUGCAUGGUGCCAGGUCAGACAGUUCAAGAUUACAUCGAGAAAGUGAACUGGUUGUAGCAAACGUUAAUCAGUGGGUAAAGGACCAAAAACAAGCCAAUGAAAAACUUGGAAAUAAGAUCAAAGAGCAAACAAAGAAAAUACUUCAACUAACAACUGAAAAAGACCAUCUACAGGAAAUGAAUGAACGACUACAGCAUGAGAAUAAGAAAUUAAAAGUUGAAGUGGAUGAGAAGAGAAUAGCAAACGAGAGGCUUAAGGCUUUGCACAGUCAUCCAGGUGAGCAUCCUAAUAUCAUGCGUCAAAUCCGGACCCCAUUUCAGGAUGAAGAUUACAGCUCACUGCGGUCAAUGAGGAGAGCCUUCAGCAGCACAGGGAACCUGAGAAAGCUGAAGCCUCUUGCUGCCAAUUGGAAUUUUGAUUAGACGGCUGCACCCUGAGAGUCCAGACUGAGUCAGGCCACAUUUAUCUGUUCAGCCACUGAUAUGUUUCAAGAAAACUAAUUUUUAAUCUUUGUUGCAACAUUCCAAAACAUAUAAAGGAUGAUCUUUCCAAAAUAGAGCCAGUAGUUAAGUGCACGAAGACUGGAUUUAAGCAUCAAAAGGCCUAAUAGCUCAAGCACAAAUGUGAAACCACUACCGAGAAUAAGGGAAAUGAAAUUCGCUGGAUGCCAGACAUAUGAAGCAUGAAUAGGAACCCGUCUUAUACCCUGCUGACUUUCGUGUCCAUUGGAUUUCAAGUUCCACCAACUAGGACUGAUAAAUGCCAGUAGCUCAAUAGCCAAAUUUAGCAGGACUUUUCAUAAAUUGAUUUAUUUCCUAAUUUCCCUUUGACUAUUGAUCUCCUUGAUUUGCAUAGGUUUCAUCAGACCCAAGAUGGGGUGAAAUCCAACUUUAAUGGUAAAUUGGUGCAAGUUCAGUUUGGGAAUAUGGUUCACAUGUGGUUACAAACACUGUAGAAGUGUCCCUGGCCAUAUGUUGAAACCAAAGGUAAAGUCCCUUGAAUAAGCCAAGGGCCAACAGCUACUUUAGAACUCUAUCUAACCCUAUUAGAGUUUGCCCUGAAUAUUGUAGAGGAUAGGAACUGCUGCAUUUAAAAUGUUGUAGCAUAAUCAGCAGUGGUCCUUCAAAGUAGCUGUGGAUCAUCUCCAAAGAAAUACAAAAAAUCCUUUAUGAAAGCUGCAGGCCACAGUUGUCAUGCCACAACACGUCCGGCUGGAUGAAAUCUGGAACCUUCUUCAUUCUUUUAACAUUCUUCCUGCUGAGGGUGUUUCCAACAGAGUUGACAAAGGAUAGAGGUGAUUAUGAAAGUAAUCUAAUCCUUAAGCAUUUAUUGGUGAAAUUGAUUGCACAAGUAAAAGUUUCUGUUUUGGUCUACUUAUUGCAGAAUUCAUAAUUAAUACACAGGGUUAGUGUGUUACUGUGUGACAUAGAUGAAAUUAGAGUAUUCAUUAAUUUUAUACUGAAAAAAUGGCAAUUGUUUUAUUAGAAUCCAAAACAAAGUAAUCACUUAAGCGGUCUUUUUGGUGGUUUUUGAAUCAAUCUUUGAAGACAUUGUAUCUACAGUUUGAACCUUACUAAUUGUCUUUGUGUACACUGUUCAAAAGUUCCUUUAUUUGAUAAUAUUGUCAUUUUAUCACUUACUUCACUCAAGUUUCUCAACCUGUCAGCUGGCAACUCGCCAGGAAAGGAAGAAUACAUUUAUUCAUUCCAGUCAUAUUAUUUUCCCAGACUGAGUCAUCAAAAGAAAUAAUGAUUGUAGGUUCAUAAUCUCAUGAUGUUUAUGUCAACAAACUUUAUUAAAAUAUUUCCAAUUUAGUUGGUUGUUGCCAGUGCUCCUGUACUAUCACCACUUUAUUGGUCAAUUUCUGUUUUGGAUCUUACAGUCUCCUGCCAUAACAUCAAUAGAAAACUCACUGAAACACUGGAAAGGGCAAUGUAAAUCUAUCCACAGAAUCUCAUUUCCACGAUCAGUAAGGGUCAGUCGUUACUAAGUACCACUCAUUAUACUUGUUUGUAUGUAAUUUUUAUUUAUUUUAAUAUUUUAAUUGCACUAACUGAUACUAAAAUCCUCUGGUGGUCCUGUCCUUCUCAAAUCAGAACACAGGGAGUACCACAUGUGUAUUUUAUACAAUGAAAGGAAGUGAACUGUAUCCUUCAUGUAGGAUUUGUGUCUGCAGCAGGAAACCUAUUCCCUGCUCAAAUCUUCACAUAUUGAAUGCACAUCUGAAUAAGAGCUCAAACCAGAAGAAUUUAUCAUUUAUCACUAGUUAUCUACUUAAUUUAUUAACAGAAUUUCAGUCUGUUAUAAAUUAGAGAAACCAAUUUGAAUUCUUCAUAAAGCAUUUUUUAAAAUUAAUUAUUCCUUGACCAUGAACACGAAAACUUUAUUCUCUUGCCUAUGGCCAGCGUUCAGUAUUCGGUUUUCAUCACAUAUACGAUACUGUUUUGCACAUUCCAGACUUUUAUAGUGCGUUUAUUUCUUUUACGUGUGUACCAUUUAGUCCUGUCUGUAGGCUCUACAGGACUUUAUCUUGAAAUUGAGAUUUUUCCAAGCCCUGCUAGUGUCAUAAUGAACUGGAAAUCAAAAAAAAAUCUGCAACAUAGCAAAUAAAUA